GCCCAGCAGCAGCAACAGCAACACCAGCGCUGGCAUGGUUGAUGGCGAUCCCGAUGCUAUUCGCCAGGGCUGCGAUUCGGACCUGGAGCAGGACAGGGAAAGGGAGCCGCAUACCGAGAGAACCACCCACCGGGAUGAGUUUGGCACUCAGCGCGUUUAUAAGAAGACUUCGCCGAAUUGUGUGCUAACUCUCUAUUUGCCGACGCGUGAGAUAGUGUUGACCGGCAAUAAUCCGUCUGUGCUGCGUGGAAUAGUCUUUGUGGAUCCGAAGGCCAUUCAAGGAUACCGCGUCUAUGCGCAGCUAACGCUAACAUUUCGCUACGGUCGCGAGGACGAGGAGGUAAUGGGUCUGCGUUUCUGCAACGAGGCCAUUAUGUCGCUGCAUCAGAUUUGGCCGCGCCUCGAGGAGCCGUCCCCUGAAUCGCUCAGUCCGCUUCAGGAGGCAUUGAUGAAGCGCCUGGGCGAUGGGGCCCAUCCAUUCACCCUGACGCUGAACGCCCAGGCACCACCCAGUGUCCAGCUAGUGCCGGCCAAGCGUUACUAUGGAGCUCCCAUUGGCACCAGCUACGAUGUGCGUUGCUUCAUUGCCGACAAAACGGACGAGAAGUUCCAUCGUCGCGCCUCUGUCAAGAUGGGUGUCCGGGUCAUCUAUCGCACCGAUGUCUUUCAUCAGCACACGGCGCCCGCCAACUUUGCCGCCUUUGCCGGCCAGCCUAUGGCAUCGGCUCAAUCGCCGCCGGCUAGUGCCACGCCACCGACAAGCAACGAUGGCCAUGCAACAACAUCUGGCCAGGAGCCGGGUCCAUCCACCAGCAGUGGCGGUGGCGCUGCCGGUUGCGCUGGCUGUGGCGGCGCCAAGGUCAAGUCCAAGUCGGAACGCGGCGAAUCGUUUCCCAAGUUGCGUUUGUCGCCCAAAUCUUUUAGGUUCAGCGGUCGCUUUGGACGCAGCAAAAGCGAAGUUGAGAAGUGUCCCAACGAUCCGUUUCAUUGCUACAGCAAGUCAUUCCAGGAGCACUGCGACAGCACUGGCUCUGGCAUGUUGCCGCCCCAUAGCAAUGCCGGGGUCUCUGGUGGCAUUGGCGGCAUCAGCGUUGGACCCUGCGGUGGUCCUCAGGGCGCCGUUGACAAACCUUUUUUGCUGCACGAUGGCCGCGUCGGCCUGAGGGCCAGCUUGGACAAGGGCUGGUAUACGCACGGCGAGGAUGUCAACGUUACGAUCAAUAUACGCAACGAUAGCCGCAAAACGGUGCGCAAAGUGCGGGUCUGCGCCAUUCAGCAUGUGGAUGUCUGCAUGUUCAAUAAUGGCAAGUUCAAGAACGUGGUCGCCGACUCGGACAACAUCUCGCCUGCUGUGGACCGGACAGUGCCAUCUGGCGGCACUCUGAAUACCACCGUGGCGCUGCGCCCGCAGCGCGGACCCACCAAGAACUGGAUAGCAUUGGAGGAUACGCUGCAGCGCAGCACUGAGCCGGAUGAGAUAACCGGAGCUAUUGCCGCUUCGGCCAUACGAUCGCCCAACUUUGUUAUGCAAGCGGCCCAGUUGCUCACUGGACAGCCAAUGCCCAGUCCGGCCAUGGCCAUGCCACAGCCACCCAAUUCGGGCUCAUUGGGCACUAGCAGCGGCAACAACGCAUUCGGAGAUGAUCGCAACGUGUUUGCCAUUUACGUGUCCUACUAUGUGAAGGUAAAGCUAACAUUGAGCGGCAUGGGCGGUGAGCUGUCGCUGAAGCUGCCCUUCGUGCUGGUCCAUGUGGAUGAGACCAUGCGUCCGGGCUAUACAUCGGCCACCCUGGAAGAGCUGCGCCUGGAGAGGCUAACGCUGCAUGAUGUACCUAUCAGCCGUAAGAAUGGCAGGCGUUCGGGCCAUAACAGCUCCACCGGCUCCUCCUCGCCAGCAAUUGGCGAUGGCCCGUCGACGAGUGCUGCUGCUGCUGCAGCUGCUGCAGCUGCUGCCGCUGCAGCCGCUGUUGGUGACAUCUCCCAGCUGGACUGCAUCGAGUCUGCAGACGACGAGAUAAAUAUACGCGUGCCGGUGCCAGCUGUUAAGAAUAAGCAUAGCUCUGGCGCGCACAAGCGCCGGCUGCAGCGCAGCGAGACACUGGCCAGGGACUUGGACGAGAACGAGCAGAACGUGGAGCAACAUGUUGUGCAGGUACAUUUGGAGCGGCGGGAUGAUGACGAGCAGUCACAGACAGCCGCCGAGACUGGCGCCGUGCCAAAGACAACAAAUGUCUGAUUCUGAUUGUGGUCCCAGAUGUUUGCCAAGCGUAAGAAGCCAUAGAUGGGGAAGGGCAAACGCUGGCCAAGCACACGGGGCGCAGUGCAGCUGGCCAGCCGCCAGAGAAUAACAUCAACAACAACAACAACAAGUAUUAAAAGAAGACAAGAAAUUUGUAAAUUUGAAGCGCCAACGAUAGAGAUUCAGUUUCGGUUUCAAUGCAGAAGAGAGCUAUGAUAGAAGUAUUUAGUAUAGAGUCAAGGGCCUUGCCUUUGCUUGGCUGCCGGAUUUUGAUGGGGCUGUGGCCAGGAGGUGCUCGCGAACGGGCGGCGCGAGCCGCAUUAUUUAUAGCAAAGCAAGUAGAAAGUUAAUUUUAGUAAGAAAGAUUGGGAUUGACUAUUGACAGCGAAGCGGCAUUUGGAAUAUUGAUUGCAUUUUUUGAAGCUAGUAUCGCCCACCUGGAUACAGACAUUUGGACGUGUGGGCGGGGCGUGAGGGUGUGUCACUUAAGUGGCACCACCAGGCACGUAUUUAGUUAGUUAUUGAUAGAAUUUAGUCAGUGUUUAGGGCGGCCAAAGGGCAGUCUAAACGCUUCAAGACGGCGCGGCAAACAACAAUUCCAAGCCGGAUGCCAAGCUGCAAAAAGUAAAACACUUUGAAAUUGUAUUUGA